CCGUCGAGCCCGCGGCGCUGCGGCGGGAGAGAUGCUACCCCGGCGCCCGCGCGAUCCCCUGCAGGCGGUGCGGCGCCGCAGUCAGGAGCUGAAGCUACAGGUUGAUACUUUACUUUCGGAAAGCCAGUUGAAAGCAACUCUAGAGCCCAGUAAAAGGCAAGAUGUUUACCAAAGAUGUAUUCAGUUAAAACAGGCAAUUGAUGAAAAUAAAACCACUCUUCAAAAAUUAAAGAAGGCCGACGAAGCAGCCCCUGUGGGGAACUAUGAUCAGAGGAAGGCGGAGGAGCAGAGCCUCCUGGAGAAGCUCACCCAGCAGCUACAGGAACUCGCCAUGGCCAUAAGUAAAGAAAAUAUGACCAGGACUGGUGCCCAUACCGAAAGGGAGGAAGAUGCUGAUUCUACUGAAGAUGAACAGGACGAGGACGAGGACGAGGAGGAGGAUGGUGAUGAUGAUGGUGAUGAUGAUGGUGAUGAUGGUGGUGAUGGUGAUGAUGAUGAUAGAGGAGAAGAAGACAGUGAAGAAAGUGAUGGGGAGGAAGAAGAGUCAGAAGAGGAGGAAGAGCAGCAGGGAGAGGAAUCUCUCAAACAAGCAGCAAAUGAAGAAUACAUUGCCCUUGGUGACUUUACUGCCCAGCAAGCUGGGGAUCUUACAUUUAAAAAAGGGGAAAUUCUCCUUAUAAUUGAAAAAAAGCCUGACGGUUGGUGGAUAGCAAAGAAUGCUGAAGGAAAUGAAGGGCUUAUUCCCAGAACCUACUUAGAGCUCUGUAAUAAAGAAAAAGAAGAGCAGGAACCAAGUGACCAGGACAGCGAGGAGGCUGUGGACGUGGAGGAUGAAACUGCAGAUGGAGCUGAAGCUAAGCCACGAACCGAUUCCCACUGGAGUGCGGUUCGCAAAGCCAUCUCAGAGCAGAUAAACACCGUGGACGUGCUCGCCACCAUGGGGGCCAUUCCUGCGGGCUUCCGGCCCUCCACGCUGGCCCAGCUGCUGGAGGAAGGGAAUCGAUUUCGAGCAAGUUCCUUCUUACAGCCAGAGCUCACGGCAUCACAACUGGCCUUCAGAGACCUAGUGUGGGACGCCAAGUCGGGCACUAUCAGGCCGAGACCCAGCCGCGUCUCGCUGGUGCUCACCCUGUGGAGCUGUAAGAUGAUCCCGCACCCUGGAGCCAGCGUCCAAGUCCUCAGCAGACACGUGCGCCUCUGUGCCUUCGAUGGCAGCAAGGUCCUGAGCAACAUUCAUACUGUCCGAGCCACGUGGCAACCUAAAAAGCCCAAAACAUGGGCAUUUUCUCCCCAGGUCACUGGCAUCUUGCCCUGCUUGCUCAGUGGGGACUGUUUCAUCAGGUCCAAUUCUUCAUCUCCCGACCUCGGAAUCCUGUUUGAACUUGGAAUUUCCUAUAUUCGCAACUCUACCGGUGACCGAGGAGAGUUAAGCUGUGGCUGGGCGUUUCUGAAGCUGUUCGAUGCCAGCGGCGCUCCUAUUCCGGCCAGAACUUACGAGCUCCUCCUGAACGGCGGGACCCCCUAUGAGAAAGGCGUGGAAGUGGACCCUUCCGUGUCCAGGAGAGCACACAGCAGUGUUUUCCAUCAGAUGCUGACCAUGCGAAGGCAGCCUCAACUUCUGGUGAAACUGAGGUCUCUGAACCAAAGAUCGAGAAACAUCCUGAGAAUUAAAAGCGAUUUGUAUGCCACCCUUUACAAUAUUAAGACUAGUCUGAAAAAGCAGACGUACCAGCAUAGACCCCUUACCACUGGAACAAGAGUGACUGGAAAGGAAGCAUAUAAACCCCGGGCUUCGUGUUGAUUGUGCUUGGCACACAGUGGAGCACAUAGCGCCAACCAUUAGCAUCCGCCAUUGGAGUAAUGAUGUAGAUUCAACGCCAAGGAGACAGUGCUGUAAAGACUGCUUGGAUGAAGAUGUGGUUUUCAGCAGGGAAGGUCCGGGGAGGAGCAGAAGCAGACUUUGCAGGAUGGCAGGAAGGUGGCCAUGGGAGAGGAAAGGAGCUUCUCACAGAGGACACGGGCACCCGGGGGACAGGGCGAGGUGAGCACAGUGUGGGGCAGAGCCCAUCCAGGGGGCUGUGCUCCCAGGACAGCUCCUUACUGCAGAUUUCCAAGAAGCUGGGGGAGAGGGAUUGGGGUGCCCCCGAGGGGUUUGCUUUGCUCAUUCCGGAUCCCGAGGUUAAAUACCCCUUGCUCUGACCUCAGACCGAGGUGCAUCUUAUAAUUACCCUACUCACAGUUCAGUCUUUCAACAACCGUUGAUGGUGCGCUCCUAGGUAUUACUCACUCUCUUGGGUUUUUUCUUUCUUUCUUGGAUGUUCUUAGAGCCUGUAAAUUCCCCUUUUUGGCAGUCUUUCCAUGGAAAACUUCUUUUUCGUGAUGCAGACCCAGCACAGUAGCGGUCUCUGUAAGUGAACAGCCUCAUCCCGCUCGACCUCACUCUUGCACUGCUCCAGCUGGUAGGCAGGGCUCUGAGAGCCGGGCACUGCCAGCGCGUCUGGCACGCACAGCUCUCGAUGCUGUGCCUCUGGCUCUGCAUUCCGGUUUUCAGAUGCGUCUUCCCAUUCUGAGAUCAAGUCGGGCUGCACAGCGCAGAGGUCAGGAGAGCAGCUGGGAACACUCCCAUGUGCUGGGCCUGACUGAAGGGUCCUGCAGCCUUGUCCCCCAGAACUCAGGGACAGAAGCACAUGUGUGAUGACAGCACAUGGUAGGCACCCAAGAAAGUGUUUGUGAAGCAAUUUCCAAGUAGGGCUCCUUCUCCCGGCCUGUCUCUUGCGUGCUCUUCUCUUUUCCCAUGGUCAUGAGCACUGCUCCAUGCUGCCUGGUCCUGAAAGGCACAGCCUGGGGCUCUUACAGACAGGCUAAGGUCCCCUGCUGGCGUGACCCAGGCACAGCCCACCCUCUCAGAGAAACCAGGCCAGGACAUGGUGAGAUCCGGUGGGGCAGACCAAGGGUGCAGAGCCCUGGUGGAGUAUGCAUCAGGCCCCUUUCCCCUGGCCCCCUGAUGCCCAGCUCUCGGUGGCCCUCACAGCCAACAGUAUCACACGCAUGGGUCCUUUGGCCUGCAGACCUGUGACAAUGCAAACAAGCCGGGCAGGCCAGCCAGUCUCUUCCAACAGGAAAGCGCACCCGGCUCGCCUUCAAGCCCUUCAGGGAGUCAGUUGUGAUCAUGGUGACCCUGACUCUUUGACCAGAAGCAGAUAGAUGCUUCCGCUUCACCAAAACUUGUCUUUCUAAUUUUGGAGCUGCUUUCCAAAGGGGUUUAACCUGGUGUGAUUUGACCAAGGCCUGCUCCUAAGCCCCGGUUAAGGGAAAGGUCCAAAUUUAGACUCUGAGUUCUGAGCGCCAGGAGACACCAGGCUGUAAAGUAGAUUGUAUGGAUCUCCAUGUGAAUUUGCUGUGAAUUUAUUUUGCUUGUCUUUUCGAUCCAUUCCAUAUUCUCUUUUUUUCUAAACUGAAUUGAAUAUUACAAUUGAAUAAAGUAGGACUGUUACUUGACUGAAGCCCACUCAUCACAUCUGUUCCCCUCCUGCCAGCAGCACUUGCACUGGCAGAGACAUAGCUUUUUACUUCUUCAACUCAGCUAACUGUUUGUCGCCCAGAACUUUCUGGUCACCUCGGGUGUGGAAAAACCAGAGGUUUCUCUGAAGAAAAUCUUUAAAAAGUGAAGCCACACUGUCUCAUGUGGGAAGGUUUCAGAAGGAAAGGAGGGCCCACACGGUGCCCACACUGGUGCCUGGCAGACAGAUGGAGAAAGGCGAGGACAGAGCCGGAGGAAGGAAGGAAGGCUCCUCCCUUCCCCUGGCAAAGGCCCCUGCUGUUCCUCAGCAUGAGCCCUGAGUCUGGGCGUGCACAGGAACACUGCUUGGGUGGGCUGGGGACCAGAGCCAGAGCCAGAGCCAGACAACCCUCCUCAGAAGUCUCAGGAAGAACACCAACAGUGCCUGGUGGUGGCUUCCAGGCAGCUCGGCUGCUCCCCUGUAGUCAGUCUUUGAAAUCUCAGUUGGAAUUUGGGGAGCACUGGAAAAAUGAUUUCUGGCUCUGUGUGCCCACUAGUAUAUAUGAUAUGAAUGUGGUAAGAGAACCUGUAUUGUAAUUUUUUAGUGUUUCUAGAAACUCAGGGAGUGGUGGGGGAUGCUCAGCCUAAACUCCAGGCACUGACUACCUGAGGACCCUAUCCCUUCUGCACCAGCAUAGUGUCGUUUUCUGUCUGUUCCCCUGUGAUCAGCUACAGGACCGAACAUUGCCUUUCUCAUAUUUUUUUCCUUCUAAACUUUUCUAGAAAUUAAAGAUUGACUUAUAAAAAUUUAAGUCUUAUUGAUGACUUUAUGAGUGUCCUUCAUCUAGAAUGUCUUAUAGAAAGCAUAUAGUUGCAUUUUAUAUUUUAAAUCUAUUCUUCCAACUUUUAUCUUUCGAUUGGGGUUUUAAUCCAUUUACACUUAAAGAAAUUGCCGAUAGGAAAGACCUGACUUGUGGCAUUUUGUUUCUUGUUUUCCUUGACAUUGUGUCACUUUUUGUGUCUUUCGUUUCCUCCCUGUUGCUUUCCUUUGUGCUUGACCUUUCACGGAGACACAUUUUUACCCCGUUUCAUUUCCUCUGUGUAUGUUCUAUAGACAUUUUCUUUGUGGUUGCCAUGGGGAUUCCGUCACACAUCCCAAAACUGUAGCACUCUAACCUGGUAACACCUUCAGUUGUGCGCGGUUUCCUGCCCUGCAGCCCUGUCUAUGCAGACGCUGCUUUAGGCAUUUAAUCCUUUUAUUCAGGGGAACUGUGGAUCAUGCUCCUCACAUUCCACACACAAGGAAAUUAAAGUACAGGGAGAGUGAGCCCUAAGGAGUCCACAGCCUCACAGCCAAGUCGGGAUCCGCCCCGGGCCAUUCACACCCUGGGCCUGUCACACCCUGUGGCACCCGCCCUGAAACUGUGGCUCUGGGAUUUCCGCAUCAGUCAGGCGUGGCAGCCACUUGCCUUUGUUCAAGUGGGUGGCUCACUGGGCACUCGCUGUCUGACACAAGUACUCCAGGGCUUUUCUUUUUCUUUGCCAUUUGCCAGGGGUGUCUGCUAAAAUGGAAACACAAGGGUUACAGCACGGCGGAGGCUGGAAGUACACACCUCAAAUGUGUAUCGGAAGCUUACUGUGGCCACUUG